AUGCCUCUCGUCACCGGCCAGUCCACCAACCCCUCCAACCCUACCGAGGAGUGGCAGAACAAGCUUGUCGGCAAGACUCUCCACGACGAGGAGUCGGGAGCCACAACAUUUUGCAAGAAAGACCUUCCAGAGGGAUGCCGUGUCAUCAAGCCGGGCACCAUGGUCACCAAGGACUUUAAGGAGGACCGCCUGAAUGUGCACCUCGACGACGAAGGCAUCGUCACCCAUGUUCUGCACGGUUGA